CGGAGAGGGAAUAUCACACACGAUAUCGGGAUGCGCAAAUACACAGAUGAGAGACGUCGACCACCUUAGAUUCGUGGAGAGAUCUGCGAUUGUGAGCGCGCAGCUUUAUAAAGUAAAGCACUUAUCCCCGGAGGCUCAACUGUCACAAUAUGGAGAACAUCACGAACCUCCUCAACCCAAAUCCGACAUGCAACUACAGCAUGGACUUAUAUUAUAACAACUCUCCCAAUCGGACUGAUUUGAACUGCACGCCGCCGGCCGACUACUUCUUUUACGCAGACCUGUAUGUAGUUCUCCCCGUGAUUUACUCCGUGAUAUGUGCAGUAGGUCUGACGGGCAACACGGCGGUCAUCUAUGUGAUCCUCAAAGCACCCAAAAUGAAGACGGUGACCAACAUGUUCAUUCUCAACUUGGCAAUCGCAGAUGACCUCUUCACUUUAGUGUUGCCCAUCAACAUAGCGGAGCACCUUUUACACUACUGGCCGUUCGGCGAGGUGCUUUGCAAAACUAUUUUAAGCAUCGACCACUACAACAUCUUCUCUAGCAUCUACUUUCUGACGGUUAUGAGUGUGGACCGGUACCUGGUGGUUCUGUCGACGGUGCGCUCCAAGCGCAUGCCGUACCGCACAUACAGGGCAGCCAAGAUAGUCAGUUUGUGUGUGUGGCUGCUGGUUAUCCUCAUCGUCAUGCCCUUCACAGUGUUUGCAGGUGUCUACAUCAGUCCCGACGACUCCGACAGGAAAAGCUGCGUGCUGAGUUUCCCCAGUCCUGAAAGUUUGUGGUUCAAAGCGAGCCGGAUUUACACCCUCAUACUGGGCUUUGCCAUUCCAGUUUCUACAAUUUGCAUUCUUUACACCAUGAUGCUGUACAAACUAAGAAACAUGCGCCUGAACUCCAACGCCAAAGCACUGGACAAAGCCAAGAAGAAAGUGACUAUCAUGGUGUUUAUCGUGCUGGCCGUGUGCCUGUUCUGUUGGACACCUUUCCACCUGAGCACCAUCGUAGCGCUGACCACAGACCUGCGGACCACGCCGCUUCUCAUCGGGAUCUCGUAUUUUAUCACCAGUCUGAGCUACGCCAACUCCUGUUUAAACCCGUUUCUCUACGCCUUCCUGGACGACAGCUUCAGGAAAGCCUUCAAGAAGAUGUUAGAAUGUAGACCUGCAUGAAUGUAAUAAACUUUUAUUGGAUGACAUUGCAAUGGGUGCACUUAAUGUGAGUGUCUCAAAAACAGUGAUAACACAAUAUCUGCAGGCUCACUAGUUUUUGUGACAGUAGCUACUUUAGAUUUACCUGUUCCGCCGCAUAUUCACAAUAAGACAAAGUAUUUUCCUGACACUAAAUUCUAAUGUGAGCGUGUGUCUCCCUCUUGUGCCACUCGAGCGCAAACGCGCGUUCUCUCUGAAAUAUUUUGAAAUGUGCUGCUUGUGACACGUUAAUAACACUGAUGUUUGGCGCCAUGACACUAGAAAUGAGUGCUUUUAAAAACGCACGUCAUGUGUUUCUCAAACAGCAGGGAUUCGUGUGUAUAUAUUUGUAUAGACCUGCUUUUGUCACAUCACUUUCUGUCCAGCAUCAUGUAUUCUUAAUGGCAAAUUUGAGACAGUUGUUUAA